AAGAAAGAAACGUUUCCAUGGAAACCAUACAAAGUAAAAGAUGUAGACUGCAUGAAACUGUUUGCUGGAGAUAAGGAAGAGUUAAUUCGCUCUAGAGAGAUCAAGAGCACAAGUCCCGCUUCAGAAGCAGAGACCGUUCGCAUGAUGGCCAGGAACUGCGGAGACUUUCAGCAGGAGUACGGUUUCAUAAUGAGCUCUCUGACAGAGGAGGAAGAAAACUUCCCAAUAGCCUUCAGCAUUCUUGUAUUUAUUGAUGCCUACCAGGUAAUACAACUAUUACAAGCCAUAUAUCGGCCUCAGAACGUCUACUGUAUCCAUGUCGACCAAAAGGCGGACCAGUCCUACCGUGACACAAUGGCAGCCAUAGCUGACUGCUUCCAUAAUGUCUUUCUCGCCUCACGAAGUGUGGCCGUUGAGUGGGGGACCUUCACUGUGCUGGAACCAGAACUGAUCUGCAUGAAAGACCUGUGGCCCUUCAAGAAAUGGAAAUAUUUCAUCAACCUGACGGGGCAAGAGUUUCCACUGAGAACCAACUUUGAGCUUGUUCGUAUUUUAACGGCGUACAACGGGGCCAACGACGUAGAGAGUAUCGUGAAAAGGGCCAACAAAGAACGGUGGGCAUCAGCAGGCCCUACUCCUCACGGCAUCAUCCCAGUGAAGGGGUCAGUGCACAUCGCUGUCAACAGGGACUUCGUGGACUACGUUCUCCACAGUCCAGUCGCUCAAGACUUUCUCAACUGGACUCGACGUGUAGAUGUACCCGAUGAGACGUAUUUCGCCACCCUCAACCACAACCCUCAGCUUGGCAUCAGAGGUUCUUAUAAAGGCUACCCGGAGACAGAUCGAGUAACCAAACCAUUUCUAACUCGAUUCAAGAAUUGGGGAGACUAUCCUUGUGCUGAAGGAAAUUUUAAUCGCGACAUCUGUAUUCUGUCCACGGGGGACCUGCCUUUACUGGACACGCGCCCAGAGAUGUUUGCCAACAAGUUCUACCAGGACUACAGUCGUGUGGCACUGGAGUGUCUACAUGAACGACUGUACAACCACACGAGGGACGAGUUCUUAGGCAUGAUGGACUUUAAUGCAAGUUAUUAUCAAAACGUAUCUUUCGUCAAAAAUAUGGUGACUGUGGAGAAGACAAAAUGGUAAGAUUGAAAUUUUUUUUUAAAAGUCAGUACAUCAUAAUGUUUAAGAUGGUCAGCAAUUGUCCUUUAAGUGUCUCAUCUUUUGUCAUAUCACUUAUGACAAUGCAAAUAUAAGAAGCGCUCUCUGACUACGAGGAAAAGAAAACACUGAAACGAUGGAACAGAAAUCAAACGCCUUAUUUAUCACUUCAAAUAUUUUACAAUAAAAUAUUUUAUCAUAUCCCUGCAUGUAUGCUUUAGGGAAGAAAUAGCCCUAUUAAAAAAACAGCUGAGUAGUAAAUCACGUAUCUGUGUACAAAUGU